GUAGAAAACAAAACAACAAAAAAAAAUUAUUUCUUUUUUUUCGUCUUUACACAAUAAAUUUUCAAACUACAAAUGUGCUGCUUUUUAUUGCAAUUCCAACCAUUACCACAAAAUCAUUAACUAAUCUAUAUAUGACAUUUUGAAAUAAAAAAAAAUAACUUUAUGUGAUUUUCGACGAAGAAAAAAAAAACAACAACAUUAAAAUCAGUAAUCAACAAAUCGAAAGUAAUUGUUGUAUUGUGAGAUAACAAAUUAGAAAAGAACUAAGUGAAAAUAAAGACUAGAAAAGAGUAGAAAAAGUCAGCUGAAAUUGCAGAUUUUUUUUUAGAAAAAAUCUACGAUAUUCGUAGUUCUUUAUUUAUUUGGUGCAGUUUUUUCUCUCUCUCUCUUUAUUUCAUCAUUCAACAGUUCAUGCUAAAUAAGUUUGUGAUUUCCUUUGUUGUUGUCUAUUAAUUUGGCAAAUGUGAUAGACUUGAAACUUGUUGUUGUGUUUACUUAUGUGAGUGAAAUCGUCAAUUGGCUAUAAACAAAAAUAUUAUCAAAAACCUGAAACGACCAACAGAAGGAGGAAAAAAAAAUCAUCUGUUCUGCAUUUGACAUUUGAAUGUACUCCAUAGCAGUGCAUGUGUGUAUGCGAUUGUUUUGUUCACAGAAAUACAGUAAGAAAACCAGACCCAAGGACCAAGCGAUAAAAAUAAAGUCGAAACCACACGACAACUCCAUAAUUUGUUAAAUAACUCGGGAAUAGCAAACAAUUUACGUUUUAAUUCAGUUCAAACCAUUUCCUCAAGCGAUCAACUUCAUUUUUAAAAAAAAAUAUACUUACUUAGUUUUUCUAUUUGUUAAACCAUUCAAACAAUUGUAAAAGCAGUGAAUAACAAUACAUCCACGAAAAGGACCUCCAAACGGAUGAUAGAUUCCAUUUCAAAUAGAUUUUACCCCUUCCGAUAUUCGAUUGGAUCACAAGCAAGCAAUAAAAAAUUUUAUCGAAAAAUUUGCAAAUCAUAAAAAAAAAACAUUUUUACCAGAGCUUAAAAUCAAUUCAUAAUAAAUUCAACGCCCUCGCAAAAUAAAAAGAAAACAUUUUUUUUCUGUUUGAAUUAGUUUUGUGGGAAAAACAAACAACGUUUCAUUCAAUCAUUUUUUUUUUCUAUAACAGUUUGAUAAAUACAAACAAGAAUUUAAUUCUUGAAUAAACUAAUUCAAAUCUAAAUGAAGCAAAUGGAAAACGAGACAUAAAAACAAAAGUGUAAAAAGAAAGAAUAACAGCAACAGUGUCACUAGCCAAUACAGAGAGCUUGCAAAAACGAGACAAAACGAUUCUAUUAUAUAUAUACAACUUAUUCAAUAAAAACAACAACAAAAGCUUUUUUUUGUGUGUUCAAUGGGCGAUAUGUGCAUGUGAAUGUAUAAGUGUGAUACGUAUUAAAUGCGAAAACCAAAAAACACUGACUUAUCCAUUAGUAUUUUGAUGUGGUUAUGAACGACUGAGUGUGACCACAUGAACACGCUAACGUUGUAGAUGAAUUUCUGUUGAUCGGUUGAUUUUAAUUCGAAAAAAAUCACAAAACAAAUCAUAUCUAGAAUCGCGCUCUCGAUUAAAAUAUUGGCGUAUUUCAUUUACAAUUCAGUUGUGAUUAUUUUAGGUGGUUUUUCGUUUGUUUUCGUUUAGUUUCACAUACAAAAAUCGCUGCAACGGAAUCGCUCAAUAGUGUACUGAAAAUUCAUUCAAAUUUUUUUUUUUGAAUUUUGUGAUUGACUUAGAGCUUGAAUUGAGUUGAGUGCCAACAGUCAAACAAACAGCUGUUUAGCUUAAGUUCAAAGUUACACUCAAUUUUUACAUCAUCAACAAACGUUUCCUUUAUUGGACGAUCAGUGACACAAAAAUAAAUCGCGCCACAUUCGAAUCGCAACGUAUACAAAGAACCAUACUCAAAUCCAUAUCAUAUAUUAUAGAAUUUCUUUUUAACAAAAAGAACAACAACAAAUAAAAAAAAUGCUUGACUUGGAAAUUAUACCAGAACGAUCGCUAAGAUGCGAAAAUUGUUGGGAAUUUAUUUUGGGUAUGCAUUUUUCGCAAGCGGUUGCAAUCAUACAGUCACAAGUUGGUGUUAUCAAAGGAGUCCAAGUACUUUAUUCGGAAACGAAUCCGUUGGGCGUGGAUAUUGUGAUAAAUUUACCGUUGGAUGGUAUUAGAUUGAUUUUUGAUCCGGUUGUGCAGCGGCUAAAGGCCAUCGAAGUGUUUAACAUGAAAUUGGUGAAAUUGAAAUAUUAUGGUAUGCCAUUCAAUUCACCCGAAGUGGCUCCGUCAAUCGAACAAAUUGAGCAUUCAUUUGGCGCCACACAUCCAGGUGUUUAUGAUGCGGCCAAACAAUUGUUUGCCCUACAUUUUCGUGGAUUGAGCUUCUAUUUUCCGGUCGAUAGCAAACUUCAACCACACUACGCUCAUGGUUUGGGCUCACUACAUUUUGCCAAUGGUGCGUCACCGGUCGUAUCAAAAAUGUCUGUGUAUAGUGGAAAUAAUAUGGUUGAAAGUCGACCACCACCGAUGCCAUUAUCAUGCUACAAUCAACAACUUUAUUUAGAAUCAGCAAUGGUAUUACGUGAUUCGAAUGGAACGCGAGGCGUUCGAUUGCAAUUAUAUACGGAAGCAUCAGCACGUGUGCUUGAACAACGUAAACAGGUUUUAAUACGCGAAGUGUUAUUUGGUGAUACUUGUCAAGAUGUUGCCGGCAAUAUUGGUGCACCAAAUCGCAUUUUCUACAAGUCCGAGGACAAAAUGAAAAUUCAUUCGCCGAGCGCCAAUCGUCGUGCCCAAACAAAACGUAGUGAUUUCUUUUUUAAUUAUUUUACGCUUGGUAUUGAUGUGCUCUUUGAUGCACGAACUCAACGCUGUAGAAAGAUUAUAUUGCACACAAAUUAUCCUGGCCAUUAUAAUUUUAACAUGUAUCAUCGCUGUGAAUUCCAACUACGGCUCACCGCUGAUAAAAAUCCAUGUGAUGAGUCGCACAAUGAACAUGAACAAGUAUCGAUUUCAGCAUAUUCAAAAUGGGAUUCGGUGAGUUCACGUUUGGCCCCAUCUGAACGACCAGUCGUUUUGCAUCGUGCCGGCACCACAAAUACAGCCAAUCCAUUUGGAUCCACAUUUUGUUAUGGAUAUCAAGAUAUCAUUUUUGAGGUGAUGCCAAAUAAUUAUAUCGCAUCAAUCACAAUGUAUUGCAACACAUCAUUUCCAACCAUUCUACCGUCAACAUGCGGGAAAGCGUAUCUUUACAAUCGAAAUAACAGCCAGGAAUGCAGUGACAACAACAAAUUAACAGCUGUGUGAUGCGUGCAUCAUGUAAACAGUACACUAAAUCAAACUACCACCUAAUUGUCGAUGGGAUAGAAUAACUAUUGACUUAUAAAUUUAGUAGUGUUUAAUGAGGUUGAUGUUAAGUCAAACAUAUGGAUAAACCAUUUAUUAUAUUAGAAUUCACUUCUUCGUUAUUUUGUUUAUUUUUUACUAGUGAGAGUAAAGAAAGAAAAAGAAGAAAAAAAAACAACCAAAAACUAAAUGAAAAUUAUGAUAAAAAAAUAGAUAUAAAAUACAUUUAUACUGGCUGUUUUGUGACAUGCGAAAUUUCUGGGCAAAGAAAUUGGUUUCGAAAUGCUUAAAAUCGAUAUAAUUAGUAAUACACGAUUUAUUGAUGAUCACUAAAUUGUGUUCAAAAACAUAAUUAACAUUGCAAUUGAAUUGUCUCUUGAUCGAUCAGUACAUGUAUAAAAACCGUUAUAGACAAGCAUCGGAGAGAUUAUAGUUUUCCCACAUUUUUGACACAUCAAAUCACGUAUUUGCAAUUCUUUUGUGGGUAUUUUUUUUCAAUUACGUUUCCUAUGAAAUGUCUCUCCUUCUGCUGUAACGUGGAUUUCAUAACAUAAAACCUAAAAAUUUAAUGAAGUGAUCAUUGGAGAAGGAUCAAGAUGUAAAUCACAAAAAACAGUGAUUGAUGUCAAAUUUGAUUUUAAUAUGUAAUAAGAUUUUCUUCAAACACUAAUUAUAACAACAAUAAGUUUGCCGAUAAUGUUAGAAGGAUUUAUUGAAAAAGUGAAAUGCAUAAUCGAAUUGUUCAAAGGACAUUUCUGAUUACCUAAAUAGUGAGCUCAAGUGAACGAUAUUGCAUUGCAUCAUUACUAGAAUUUCAAUUUUCAAAUGGUUUGUUUAUGUUUCGGAAAAAUUUGGUGAAUUGUUUUGGUCUUUUGGUUGCACCGAUCAUGCAAUGUCUUUUGCAUUUCAGUCACAAAAAAGCCUGAAAUUUAUCUACUUGGCACGUACAAGCACAUGUAAAUAAUGAAAAAGCUUAUUUUAAAACGAAAACAUCAUAAAGAGUCAUUUUUUGUGCGUGCAAGUGCAAAUUUUAGUUUCAUUUCGUGAAAAAGGUCUUUUUUUUCUUUCAGCUUUGAUAUUCUAGUUAAUGAAAAAUGAAAGCAAAAAAAAAACAAAACAGCAAUAUUUUUAUAGAUUAUUUUAUAUUGAUUUUUGUUGUGUGAAAUUGAUUAUUUGCUCGAUCACAAUCAUUAUAAACAUUUUCGUUUUAAUUCGAUCUCAAGUAAAUGUUUCCAAUCAAUUUUAUACAAACAUAAAUAAAAAUUCAGUUCAGUGUGAAUAGAAACAUUGUUUAGAGUUUCAGUUAAAGAAUCGGGCAACAAAAUUUCAAAGAUAACCGUGCCAAUGGAAUACAUACAGUUUUUUUCCUCAUCAUUUUUGUCGCAAUUGUUAGUUGUAGAUUUAACAUAUUUUCGUUCAACACUGUGCACACUCAAUUAGAUACAAACACACACCCAUACAAGUGUCAAGUUACCGUUUUUUAUAAUUAUCCAAUAUAUGAUAGGAAUAAUGAAAUUGGUCAGUACAUAUUAUGGUCAGAGCAUAUUGUAUAGUUUAUAGCACUCACAUAAAUCAAUUCGUUUGAGAAAUGUUGCACAUCAAUUUGUCACACCGCAUUUUGGCGGUUCACAUUGUUCAUUCUCCGUUUUUGUUUUUUGUAUUUCGUUAUCAAUUUAGUGAGUGGUCAUCGUAGUUUUCAAUAUCAACAUUUAAAUUUCCUUAUAAUACAAACGCUGAACUGAAUUUAUUCUCAAUCUCAUUAAUUAUUAUAUUCAGACGUCAGAAAAUGUGUUUAAUAUAAUAUUUUGUUUCACUAUUUAUUUUUAUGCACAAUCGCAUAAUGGAUAAAUAAUUUAAUGCAAAGCUUUAGACAAAUGAACUUAAUUCUACGUUAUCAAUAAUUACUUAUUAGAUGAAAUUUUUCAAAAUUUGUUGAACAAAAGAGCGUAAGCGCGUUUGUGUGUGUGUGUGUGUGAGAGAGAGAAAGAGAUGAUGUAAAAGCGACAACAACAAAAAAAUAUGUAAAAGUUCAAAAUUCACAUAAAGAUCGAACUCAAGAUAAUUAUUAAUUUCGUGUUAAUACGUUGAACCGUAAACUGUUAAGUUAAUUUCUAUUAUUAAAUCCGUAAAAGGAAUGUCAAUCAUCAA